GUUGCCGGCCCAGAAGCGAUAGAAGUCUUCAACACUUUUGUGUUUGCUGAACCUGCCGACAAAGACAAGUUUGACGAGGUCGUAAAGAAGUUUGAUGAACACUGCCUGACAAAAAAAAAUGAAACGUGUGAAAGAUACGUGUUUCGCUCACGCCUACAGCAACAGGGUGAGUCAUUUGAUAAUUUUCUCACAGACCUCAAGAUUAAAGCUCAGUCAUGUAACUUUGGCGAUCUGAAAGACUCCAUGAUAAGAGAUCAAAUAGUUUUUGGGACUAAUGAAAAGAAGCUCCGAGAGAGAUUAUUGAGGGAGUCAGACCUCACAUUGGCCGAGGCUGUUAAAAUAUGUCAAGCCGCUGAGUUAGCACGAUGCCAGAUGCAGACAUUUCAAGGCCCUGUGCUAGGAGAAAAGCACCAACAAAAUGGCGUAGUGAACGCUGUGGCGCCAAAAAGGACGCAGCGGAGCAAGUUUAAUGACAGUGCCGACAGGAAUAAAAUGAAUAAUAAAGGGAUGUUCGCUUGCAAGCGAUGUGGUGAAAAACAUGAAGCUAGAAGGUGUCCUGCCUUUGGUAAACGGUGCAUGAAGUGCAAGGGACUGAAUCACUUCACCAAAAUGUGUUUCUCAAAGGGGAAGGAACAAAGCGUGCAUACAGUCCAGGAAGACAUUGAUGACAGUGAUAACUUGAGUGAAACCUUUUUCAUAAAGACGGUGUCACAUGGUGAAAAUGUGACUGUGCAGUCCUUAGCUGAUGUAAGCCAAAUGGUUAAUGUAGCAGCUAAUGAUAAAUGGACUGUUCCUUUGCUAGUUAAUGGGACGGUGGUGACAUUCAAAAUUGAUACUGGAGCCAAAGCUAACUUGAUUAGUGAAACGGAUUUCCAGACAUUGAAAGAGAAGCCUAAAAGGUUUGCAGAAAAAAUCGCUCCUUUGAAAGCUUAUAAUAAUCAGCCGAUUCAAACAAAAGGGGGAUGUAAUCUAAAGGUGACAGCUAAAGGCAAACAGCACAACCUGCUGUUCACCAUUGUGCCUGCUGGACAUGAAUCGCUGCUAGGAGACAAAGCAUCAGAAGACUUAGGUCUGGUUAAAAGGAUUUACCAGAUAAACACAGGCAGCCUGGAGAUAGCUGAACAAAAUAAAAGUGGUACACCGCAGCACUGUGAAGGGACUUCUGCUAUAGUGGAAAAGUUUACCUCUGUGUUUCAAGGACAUGGAACAUUGCCCCAAACUUACAAAAUUCAGCUGAAAGAAAAUGCCAAGCCUGUAGUGCAUGCUCCAAGGAGAGUACCAGCGCCACUUAGACCAGCUUUAAAAAAAGAACUGGAAAGAAUGAUGCAAAUGGGUGUCAUUGAGCGUGUGGAAGAGCCUACAGACUGGGUCAACUCUAUCACAUGUGUCAAAAAAAAUACAGGUGACAUUAGAGUGUGCCUUGACCCUAAAGAUCUCAAUGAAAACAUCAAAAGAGAACAUUAUCAGAUUCCAAAACGAGAAGAAAUCAUGAGUGAGAUGGCUGGAGCUAAGUUCUUCAGUAAACUUGAUGCCUCACAUGGAUUCUGGCAACUGAGACUGGACCCAGAAAGCAGCAAAUAUACCACCUUUAACACACCAUUUGGGCGUUACUGUUUUCUGAGGCUUCCAUUUGGCAUCAAAUCUGCUCCAGAGAUCUUUCACAGAGCUAUGGAAUCUGUAAUUGAGGGUCUUGAAGGUACCAGAGUCUACAUUGAUGACUUGGUCAUUUGGGGAACAACAAGGCAGCAGCAUGAUGAAAGGUUGAAAAAACUCUUGGGGAGGGUCAAAAAGAAUGGACUCAAACUGAACAGGGACAAAUGCCUUUUUGGGGUCACGCAAAUGACCUUUUUGGGUGACAAGAUCACAAGUGCAGGGGUGGAACCUGAUCAGUCAAAAGUGCAAGCUGUACUUGACAUGCCAGCCCCUACUGAUAAGAAAGGUGUACUGCGAGCCAUGGGAAUGAUUAAUUUCCUAGGUAAGUUCAUUCCUAACCUAGCUGUCAAGACUACAUGCCUUAGAGAGUUGCUACGUCACAACACGGUGUUUGAAUGGACAAGGCGACAUGAGGACGAAUGGCAGAGAUUAAAGCAGACUGUUGCUGUUGAGCCAGUGCUCACGUUCUUUGAUCCAACAAGGCCAACAAAAAUUUCCACUGAUGCCUCAAAAGAUGGCUUAGGAGCUGUCUUGCUACAGAUGCAAGAGGACAGUUGGCAGCCGGUAGCGUAUGCAUCAAGGUCAAUGACAGAGACUGAACAACGUUAUGCUCAGAUUGAAAAAGAGACUUUGGGCUUAGUGUUUGGUUGUGGAAAAUUUCACAGUUAUGUCUAUGGCUUACCAACGUUUGCAGUAGAAACUGACCACAAACCGCUCAUAGCAAUCAGAAAAAAGAACCUCAAUGACAUGUCACCCAGGAUUCAACGCCUGAUGAUGUUUCUACAAAGGUAUGACUUUGAACUGAUUUAUACACCAGGCAAAUACAUUGUUCUGGCGGAUGCACUGUCACGAGCACCAGCUCCAAGUGAUGACACACAGUGUAGCCCUGUGUCUGUUGAUGUUGAAAUGCACAUAAACAUGGUGACUGCUUCUCUCCCGGCAUCAGAUGUAAUGCUACAGCAAAUUGCGCAGGAGACGGCGAAAGACCCGCAACUGCAAAAGGUAAUUCACCUGAGCCAGAAUGGAUGGUCACGAGGUGUUUGUCCGGGUUGGUAUCCUGUGCGUGCAGAUUUGUGUGUGGCUAAUGGUCUGCUUCUGAGACAAAACAGGAUUCUCAUUCCACAGUCUAUGCGUCGAGACAUGCUACAACGCAUUCAUGAGGGACACUUAGGAGUGGAGAAAUGCAAAAGGAGAGCGCGAGAAGCUGUGUACUGGCCAGGAAUCAACAGAGAUAUAGAGGAGAUGGUUCAAAAGUGUGAAACAUGUCUUAAACAUCGGUACAAGCAACAGAAAGAGCCGAUGCUGAUUGCAGAUCUUCCCACUGCACCAUGGCAAAAAGUAGGUACUGAUUUGUUUCAUCUACAUGGAAAGGACUAUCUUCUAGUGGUUGACUACUACUCUAAUUAUCCUGAAGUAGCGCAGCUUUCCAGUACAUCAGCACAGUCUGUCAUCACACACAUGAAAAGUUUUUUCUCAAGACAUGGGAUUCCCCAUUGUGUGGUGAGUGACAAUGGUCCACAAUUUGACUGCGGUGAGUUUCGUGAUUUUGCAGUUCAGUACGGAUUUGAACAUGUCACCUCUAGCCCUUUGUAUCAGCAGGCUAAUGGACAGGCAGAGAAAGGGGUCCAGGUUGUGAAACGAUUGUUUAAAAAAGCGAGAGAAUGUAAUGCUGACCCUUACCUGGCUUUAUUGAGUUACAGAGCCACUGCCCUGGAAUGUGGAGCAUCUCCUGCUGAGUUGCUCAUGGGUCGCAAACUGCGCACCACACUUCCUCACAUGCCAAGGAAGGAUGGCUACAGGAGUGACAACAAGUGGGCUGACAAAAGAAUGAAGCUCAAGCAAAGACAGAAGAGGAACUAUGAUAAAACAGCAAGGAAUCUGGUGCCUCUGCAGGAAAAGGAUGUUGUGAGGAUUGAUGGUCCUGAGCUGUGGGACAGAAAAGCAACUGUACUGCAAGAGGUAGGACCCAGAUCGUUUGUUGUCGAGACAGAGAAUGGUCAAGUUUUAAGGAGAAACAGGAGGAGUCUGUUAAAGAUUCAGAAUGGUGAGAGUCAAGAGAAAGAGACAGGAUGGGAACAAGAGAAUGUUGCGACAGAAGUGCAACACAGUGAAUCUUCUUCAUCAUUGCCAGUGACUGUAACACUCAGAAGGUCCACUCGACCUAAGAAACCACCUGAGAGGCUCAUAGAACAAAUAUGAAUGAAGUAACGGGUUAACUGUGUAAAGAAAGUGGUAAAGCGUUGCUGACUUUAAUGUGUUAAAAUGUGUUCCUAAUGGUUACAGUUACAGGAAGUGAAAGAGUCAUAGUGUAAUUUUAAAGACCAAUGCUAGUUUGUUUGUUGAAAUGUGUUGAAAAUACCAAGCAUGAAUAUAUUUCUUUUGAGCCAUAUGCAUACAUUGAGUUACAAGACAUAAGGAAAGUUCAUUACUGAAACAUGUAUGUUGUUGCAUUCUGUUUAAUAUGUAAGUGCUAGUGAAGACUAUGUGAAUGAGGAAUAACUGCUGUGACACUGAGGUAAUCUUUUAAGCAGCUGAAAAAAAAAGGGGGAUGUAAUGAUAAGUGUUAACUAAGGUGUCACCAGCAGGUGUCAGUGUUGUA